UGGACCGUUGUUGAUCAAACUGAGACGAAGAGAAAUAACACGAUAAAAAGUUUAAUGAAACUAAGUUUAAACGAGAAUAGAAUCAAGUUUGUUUUCUAAAUGUUCCUGCUGGUGUUUGUAGUUGUUCUGGGGACAGUAGUGACGGUAAACAGCGAGAAACAUUCCCUCACGUACAUCUACACGGCCCUCUCCAAACCUGUGGGACUCCCGGGCAUCCACGAGUUCACAGCCAUGGGUCUGCUGGACGGCAAGAUGAUCGACUACUACGACAGUGAGCAUCAGACCAAAGUUCCCAAACAGCCCUGGAUGGAAGAGCAACUUUCUAAAGAGUACUGGGACAAAGGAACACAGUCCCGCCGGAGCAAGCAGCAGUGGUUCAAGGUCAACAUCGACAUCCUGAUGAAACGGAUGAGACAGAAUGACACCGACGUCCAUGUUCUCCAGUGGAUGGUCGGCUGUGAAGGUGUGGAAGGACCUAACGACUCUUUACGAUAUCACCGUGGCAUAAACACGUAUGGUUAUGAUGGAAACGACUUCCUGUCCUUCGAUUAUAUCCACUCAGUCUGGGUCGCCCCGACUGAUGCAGCUGUCCCCACCAAGAGGAAGUGGGAUGAUGUCCAGGUCCCGACAGAAUAUACCAAAGGCUACCUGGAGAACGAGUGCAUGGACUGGCUGGGGAAGUUCAGGAGUUUAGGCGAAAAUCAGAUAAGAAAAGCCCCUUCUCCUGAAGUGUUCUUGUUUGCGAGAAACACCAAAGUUGAGACCAACGUCAUUUUGACGUGUCUGGCCACAGGCUUCUACCCGAAAGACAUCGUCCUCAAUAUCAAGAGAAACGGCCGUAUUCUAACCAGAGAGGACAGAGUGGUGACCUCAGGAGUUCGUCCAAAUGAAGACGACACCUUCCAGAGAAGAGACUAUGUGGAGAUUAAAAAAUCAGACAAGUCUGAUUUCAGCUGUGAAGUCAUUCAUGCUACAUCUGAUAUGAAUGUGGAGACAUCCUGGGAUCAUCAUCUUCCUCCUCCUCCUCACUCUGGUGGACUCAGCACUGCUGUCAUCGGUGGUGGAGUGGGAGGAGUCCUGCUCCUGGUUGUGGUGCUGUUGUAUUGGUUCAUAAAACGCAUCUGUGGUACUGCUUCUGAAAAGGACAAAGUCAAGUACAAAGAUAAAGUGAAGGUUAAUGUCAUCAGUUCACAAGACAUGAAGGGCUACGAUCGUUCUCAGAGCAGCAGCAGCAGCAGCAGCAGCAUCGACUCUGGUGUCUCUGUCAAGGACAAAGAGGCUGAGAGUCUCCUGAAUGGAAAUGUGCAAGUCUGAAGUCUCCAGGAAUAUUUCAUCAGAAACAUCGAAUCCAUCCAUCAGUAGCAGGAGACUGAGACUAAAGUAUUUUCUAAUCGUCUUCAAACCUCAAAGUGACAUUUUAGAUGAACUUUUUUGAAUCAGGAGCGUUUGAUCAGAGCGAGCUGGAAGAAAUGAGACUUUAAAGAGUCAGAGUGGAUGUUUACUGGAGCUGCUCCAACCAAACAGCGUUAGAGUUCAGGAGAAAUAAGCUAAACUAGUGGAGAAGCACUUUAUAUUUCAAUCUAAAUCUAAUAAUAUGUUUAAAUAAUUGGGACACUAGAACUCCUGUUUGAAGACAGAAAUGAUGAAGGUGAUGAUGAAGGUGUUUGAAUGUAAAAUCAUUUUAAAGUAGAGGAAAUCUGCAAGAACUCUGAAAGAGUUUUAAGUGUUAACUAACACACUAGAGCCGCUGCCUGUGUUAUUGUGUUAAUGUCUGGGUUCAGGUCUAGUUCCUGGAGUCGAGAUGAAUCUGAAAACAUGUCAAGAGUCAGUUUGUGGAUGUGUCAGUUUAAGUUACUGCACUAUUGAGUCACGAAGGACAAAAAUCUCCAAAAAACUUUAUAAAACUACCAAACAUUCAAUCAUCCUGAGGAUUUUAACCUGUUAAACUUAGAGUCCCUGUUUAUGGAAAUAAAUAAAUAAAAAUCGCUAUUUUCCAUGAAACUAAUAUUGGGGGGUUGGGCGUUUCUUUCAGGUCAGGCCUGGAUAUGACCAGGAUUAUCUAAAAUAUUGACUUCAUUCGUAGUUUUUGUGUAGAAACAGAUUUAAAAUUUGCUUCUAAAAAUGUCCCAUUGACUUCCAUCAUAAACACAUAUUUUAAUCUCUGCUCAACAACACAAACACAAAAACCAUGACAUUUUAUACGUAGCCCGAUUACAGGGAAGUAGCUCAUUUUACUUUUACAUUUUACACUAAAAAUGACAAAUAUGACCAUUUGUCUCCAAAAUGAUUUCUUUAAGUCGUGGCUGAGAGAUUAAAACAUGUGGUUAUAAUGGGAGUGAAUGGGACAUUUUUAGUGGUAAACUUUAAAUCUGAUGCUACAGAAAAACUAAUAAUGAAAUCAAGCACUAUUUUAGAUAAUGUUGGUCAUGAUCUGAACACACUAGUUUUAUCCUCAGACUGUUGGAUCAUGCGGUAGUUUUACAAAGUGCUGAAGUGGAAUGAAGGCAGUGGAUUGUUUUCACAGUGUUGUGUUGAGCCACUAAAAUGUAUUUAUAUUAUUUGUUUCAAACUUUGUACCGAGACUUUGUUACAAUAACUUUGUGAACACGUGCACUAACCGCUAAAAUAAUUCCAGAUGAAGAGGAAACUUUUGCCUUAAAGGACAAAGGUGGAGCCAGACAGUGUUAGAGUGGAGGAGAAAUUACAUAAACUACAGAUGUCACACUACCUGAUGUGAUGAAACAUUAACUACAAGCUACAAACUAAAAACUAGAAAUCCUGUUUGAGGACAGAAGUGAUGAAGAAGGUGUUUGUGUUUUUAUUUUGUUGUUGAUGUUGUUUUUGAGAAAGUGUAAAUGUACCUGGAGAUUCAGGAAGAUUCAGACUGAAAAAAAACGCCUCAUGUGUUUUAGUUCAGACUGACACAGAAAUCUGACCUGACACUAUAAAUGUUCUUUAUUGCUUUAAGUUUUAACUCUAACCACCAUGUAGUAUUACCUGUAGUAUUACCUGUAGUAUUAUCUGUAGUAUUAUCUGUGAUUAACAGCCUGAACAGAUUUGAGUGUUGCACUACAUUUAUUCAAGUUUUAUCAUGAAAAGCUUUUUGCCUUAAGUUGAUUUUUUUUUGUGUUUGUUUCAUUUUAUCUCUGGGCUUUUCUCCACUUCUUUCAUGAGAAGAACUGAGAACUGAGCUUAGUUGUAUUAAACAUUAUGAAUAAAAGUGUUAUAGAUAUGUUAUGAAGUAUUAUAUGAUGACUUGAGACAGAAGUGAUGAGUAUGAAAUACCUGGAGCUUCUGUCUAUAAUCUGUUCAAGUCUAACUGUUGUUUAUUCUUCAUGUCAGUGAAAAUAAACAGCGAUGAGUUCCA